CUAUCCCCUUAGAUUGUAAGGAGCUUUAUGAAGAUAGCAAGGCUUGUUCUGGGGUGUAUAACAUCUAUCCCUAUGGAACCAUUACUAGUCCUGUCCGUGUGUACUGCGAUAUGACGACAAUGGGCGGGGGAUGGACGGCUAUUCAAAAACUAGUUAACGGAUCCCUCAGUUUUGACGGGUAUUGGUCAGCAUAUAAAAAUGGCUUCAGUUCACCAGAACAAGAUGUCUGGGUUGGAAAUGACUUUAUCCAUCUGUUAACAAAAGAAAACUCGGCCCUGUAUGUGUCCAUUACUCUCCAGAAUGGUACAACGCUUUAUGAAAUGCUGUCUCCAACGAGGCAGGAAAAUAUAAACUCUUUCUUGCAGGACCUGCCACGUGAACUUUAG